CGCGAGAGGUCGCGCGCGGCGCGCGGCGUUCCCAGGAGGCUUUGCGUGCCCCUCGCUGCCUCCGGGAUCUUCCGAGCGAGCGCGUGAGCGGCUGCCUGCACGGGCCAUGGCGCUUCACGUCCCCAAGGCCCCGGGCUUUGCCCAGAUGCUCAAGGAGGGGGCGAAGCAUUUUUCCGGAUUAGAAGAGGCUGUGUAUAGGAACAUACAGGCUUGCAAGGAGCUUGCCCAAACAACUCGUACAGCAUAUGGACCAAAUGGAAUGAACAAAAUGGUUAUCAACCACCUAGAGAAGUUGUUUGUGACAAACGAUGCAGCCACUAUUUUAAGAGAACUAGAAGUACAGCAUCCUGCUGCAAAAAUGAUUGUAAUGGCCUCUCACAUGCAAGAGCAAGAGGUUGGAGAUGGCACCAACUUUGUCCUGGUAUUUGCUGGAGCCCUUCUGGAACUAGCCGAAGAGCUUUUGAGAAUUGGCCUGUCCGUUUCAGAGGUCAUAGAAGGUUAUGAAAUAGCCUGCAAAAAAGCCCAUGAGAUUCUUCCUGAUUUAGUAUGUUGUUCUGCUAAAAACCUUCGAGAUGUUGAUGAAGUGUCUACACUGCUUCACACCUCCAUAAUGAGUAAACAGUAUGGUAAUGAAGUGUUUCUGGCCAAGCUUAUUGCUCAGGCAUGUGUGUCUAUUUUUCCUGAUUCCGGCCAUUUCAAUGUUGAUAACAUCAGAGUUUGUAAGAUUUUGGGCUCUGGCAUCUAUUCCUCUUCUGUAUUACAUGGCAUGGUUUUUAAGAAGGAAACCGAAGGUGAUGUAACAUCUGUCAAAAAUGCAAAAAUAGCGGUGUACUCCUGUCCUUUUGAUGGCAUGAUCACUGAAACUAAGGGAACAGUAUUAAUAAAAACCGCUGAAGAAUUGAUGAAUUUUAGUAAGGGAGAAGAAAAUCUCAUGGAUUCCCAAGUCAAAGCUAUAGCUGAUACCGGUGCAAAUGUCAUAGUAACGGGUGGCAAAGUGGCGGACAUGGCUCUUCAUUAUGCAAACAAGUACAAUAUCAUGUUGGUGAGGUUGAAUUCAAAAUGGGAUCUCAGAAGGCUAUGUAAAACAGUUGGUGCUACAGCUCUUCCUAGAUUGACUCCUCCAGUCCUUGAGGAAAUGGGACAUUGUGACAGUGUUUACCUCUCAGAAGUUGGAGACACACAGGUGGUGGUUUUUAAGCAUGAAAAGGAAGAUGGUGCCAUUUCUACCAUAGUGCUUCGAGGCUCUACAGACAAUCUGAUGGAUGAUAUAGAAAGGGCAAUAGAUGAUGGUGUUAAUACCUUCAAAGUUCUCACAAGGGAUAAACGUCUUGUUCCUGGAGGUGGAGCAACAGAAAUUGAGUUAGCCAAACAGAUCACAUCAUACGGAGAGACACGUCCUGGACUUGAACAGUAUGCCAUAAAGAAGUUUGCUGAGGCAUUCGAAGCUAUUCCCCGGGCACUGGCAGAAAACUCUGGAGUUAAGGCCAAUGAAGUAAUCUCUAAACUCUAUGCAGUACAUCAAGAAGGAAAUAAGAACGUUGGAUUAGAUAUUGAGGCUGAAGUUCCUGCUGUAAAGGACAUGUUGGAAGCUGGUAUUCUAGACACUUACUUGGGAAAAUACUGGGCUAUCAAGCUGGCUACGAAUGCUGCCAUCACUGUCCUUAGAGUGGAUCAGAUUAUAAUGGCAAAACUGGCAGGUGGACCUAAAGCUCCUAAACCACAAGGAAACUGGGAUAAAGAUGAUUGGCAAGACGAACUCCGUAUAUAAAUAGCAAAUCAGAUCAUCAUGGCAAAACCAGCUGGUGGGCCCAAACCUCCAAGUGGGAAGAAAGACUGGGAUGAAGACCAAAAUGAUUGACUGGCUUAGUUUUUUACUGUAGGUGAAGACUACAUUUGUAGUAGUAGUCUAGGAAUUGCCUGAUGUUUUCAUAUUUUACUUAAGUUAAGAAGAAGUGUUUUGUGUUUAUAUCCUCAGCUGGAUGAUAAAAUAAACGUUGUUGCUGUCAAAGCC